AUGGGCAUCGAGAUCCGGCCCAUCCAGCCAGAAGACAUCCCAUCCGUGGUGGAAUGCAUUCAGCUCGCAUUCGCCGACGACCCAUACCACCAAUGGGCAUUCGACACUCGACCGGGCAAGUUCAACAAGGAGCGCAACUUCGCCAGCCUCAAAGCCAAAUGCGAAUGGGGCAUGCGCAACGCACUGUUCUACGUGGCCAAAGACAUAGACGCGGGUGCAGACGCUCCGGUGCUAGGCGUGAGCAUGUGGAUGAAACCCAGGCCCGCCGACGGCGUCGGCGACAAGCAGACCUGGUCGGAGUGGCUGGACGACUAUAUCCUGUGGUUCAAGCAGGGAUGGAAUCUGCUCCGGUUCCAGGGCCGCGGGGGCCUCAUCACCAAGCGCUACUGGAUCUGGAAGCGCGAGCAGGCUGUCGCGCAGAAGGAUAUCUGGACGGAUCCCAACGGCUAUUAUUUCUGCAACAUCGUCACCGUGAGGCCGGGCCAUCAGGGGAAAGGCAUCGGCCGUCGCUUGUUCGAGGUCGUCACGGAUCUGGCUGAUCAGGAAGGCCGGAAAUGUUAUUUGGAAAGUUCCAAGGAGGAACCGAACAUCGCCAUCUACGAGAAGAUGGGGUUUCGGCUCGCGCGCAGCAUGGUCUGUGAGGAUGGAGGCGACGUUUGUCAUCUCUUCUGUAUGAUUCGAGAUCCUCAACCUCCAAGGCCAUGA